AUGAACAUUCGUUGCGCCAAACCGGAGGAUCUCAUGAACAUGCAGCACUGCAAUUUACUCUGUUUACCCGAAAAUUAUCAAAUGAAAUAUUAUUUCUACCACGGCCUCAGUUGGCCUCAGCUUAGUUAUGUGGCUGAAGACGAAAAAGGAAAUAUUGUAGGUUACGUCUUAGCUAAAAUGGAGGAAGACCAAGAAGACCUGAAGCAUGGGCACAUAACUUCGCUGGCCGUAAAGAGGUCGCACCGCAGGCUGGGUCUAGCUCAAAAAUUAAUGGACCAAGCGUCUGAAGCCAUGGUGGAGUGCUUCGAUGCCAAAUACGUGUCGUUACACGUGAGAAAGAGCAACCGAGCCGCUUUGAAUUUGUACAAAAACGCUUUGAAAUUCGAAACCGUCGAAAUCGAACCGAAAUAUUACGCAGACGGCGAGGACGCUUACUCGAUGCGUAGAGAUCUAUCCGAGUUCUCUAGAAAAGCCAAACCUAAGGCGGAUAAUAAGAAUGAUUAG